AUGAGCAUUGUUGAGAAGGCAGCCAAGCUUCUUUUGCACAGCCCGCCGGGCGAGGUGGACGACGUGUUCAACGACAUUCGCGGCAUCGUCAACGACGACGAGGCGCUGCAGGAGCACAUCGAGCCGGUGCUGGCAGAGAGCAACAUGCAGCACUUUUUGGUGGUGGAGGUGCCGGAGACGGAGAGCAAGGUGCUGCUGACGCCGUACAACAAGCUGGAGGACGGGCGGUACCUGUGCCCGAACACGCAGCAGGAGUUUGCAUUCGACCAUGUGCGUCGCGUGGCUCACGAUGCGCAGGAAGCAGCAGCGGCGGGGGCGAACGAGGAGCAGCGGGCGCAGCUGCAGACGGCGCUGGACGCAUAUGUUUUGGCGCACUACCCGGAGGGCGCGGGCACGGUGUUCUCGCACGAGGGGCAGCUGGUGCUGUGCAUUGUGAGCAACCGGUUCUCGCCGGGGAACUUCUGGAACGGGUCGUGGCGGGCGGUGUGGUCGUUCAGUGCGGAGACGGGGCAGCUGAACGGGUCGGCGAAGGUGACGGUGCAUUACUUCGAGGACGGGAAUGUGCAGCUGGACACGCAGGCCGAGUUCACCGCGGACCUGGAGGGCGACUUCCAGCGCGGCAUCAAUGACGGGUUCCGGCAGCUGGCGGAGAAGACGUUCAGGGGCCUGCGGCGGACGCUGCCGGUGACGCGCAACAAGGUUGAUUGGGAGAAGAUUGCCAACUACCGGAUCGGCAGCGAGCUGACGAUGGCAGGAGGCAGUGGCGAAAUGCUGCCGAUCGGCAAGGACACAGCAGUGAAGGAGCUGCUGGAAAACAGCCUGGAUUCAGGCGCGACGUCGGUGGAGAUCCGCCUCAAGGACAACGGGCUGACGUCCAUCACGGUGAUAGACAACGGCAGCGGCAUCGCAUCGGCGGCACAUGCCACGGUGUGCCGCAAGCACUGGACGUCCAAGAUCCGCAGCUUCACCGACCUCUCCACAAUCACCACCUUUGGGUUCCGCGGCGAGGCCCUGAGCUCGCUGUGCGCCGUGGCCACGCUGACAUACGACAUGGCCGGCGCCCUCGCAUCAUCCUCGCCGGUCGCCCGCUCCCACGGGACGACGCAGGAGCUGCAGCGGCACGCCAGGCGCGAAUACCUGAAGCUGGUGGGGCUUGUGGAGCAGUACGCGAUCAUCAGCAAUGCGCGGCUGGUUCUGUCCAACCAGACCAAGGGCAGCGCGUCGGUGGCUGUGCGCACGGCCGCGCAAAGCUCGCUGCUGGGCCGGCUCUCGGCGGUGUUUGGACGAUCGAAGGGCCUUGAUGUGACUGUAGGCGGGCAUGUCUCCCGGGCAUUGCCCGAGGCUGGACGCAGCGCAUCGGAUAAGCAGUACUUUUUUGUCAACGGGCGGCCGUGCGAGUUCAUGCGCGCCAAGCGCCUGGUCAACGAGUUGUUCCGCGGCAAGUGCCCGGCCAGGUACCCGGUGUUUGCCAUUAUGGUCGGCGUCAACCAGGACACCGUCGAUGUCAACUUGACGCCCGACAAGCGCACGAUUCUGCUACGCCACGAGGACGUGGUGCUAAGGGCGCUCAGGGAGGCGGUGGGGGAGGCGCUGGAGCCGAAGGAGUCCGAGUUUGCAGUGCAUAAGAAGGUCCAAGUCUUGCUGGGUGGCGCCGGGACCAAGCGCCCGGCCGAGCAGAUGGACAUCCGCAGCAGCGACGACUUUGAGGCCCCGCCACUCAAGACUCGAGUCUCACCCAGCGUCGUCAUGGUUACAAAGCCAGCGCAGCCACCCGCACUUGUCCAUGCGCCAUCAUCCAUUCCACUCGAGAGCUCAUCACUGCUCGCCACGCCCACCGCCAGCGCCCCGCCAGCUGUGCCCAAGCGCCAGCCGGCCAAGAAGCCCGCAACCAUGGUCAUCGGCGCCUGCCGCAACCGCCUGCGCGACAUCUCCUACGACUGGUCGAAAGUGUCGGCGCGGAUGCAGCAGCGCCAGCAAUCCGCCAGCAUCCCCGAACCGCCCAGCACUCCAGAGACUGCCUCGGGCGUGCAUUUGAGCGAUGCCGAGGCGCGUGCGUCGCUGUCGCGGCUGAUCCGCAAAUCGGAUUUCGCCCAGAUGCAGGUUCUCGGGCAGUUCAACCUGGGUUUCAUCAUCGCGCGGUUCCGCGACGACCUGUUCAUCAUCGACCAGCACGCCUCUGACGAAAAGUACAAUUUCGAGACACUCCAAUCGACUGCGCGCAUCGCCUCGCAGCCGCUGAUCCGGCCCCACGUACUGGAGCUCAACAUUGUCGACGAGGCCGUGGCCAUGCAGAAUCUCCAUGUGCUUGAGCGCAACGGCUUUGGCCUUUCGGUGGACGAGCAGGCGGUGCCGGGCCGGCGCCUGAGCAUGGUCAGCCAGCCGGUUAUUGACCAGACCAUGUUUAGCGAGGCGGAUUUGCGCGAGCUCAUCGCUCGGCUCUCGGCCGACCCGCAGCCACGGUGCGAGCGCGCCUCGCCGCAUUCCGUCAUGAUUGGCGACCCCCUGAGCUCUGCACAGAUGCGACGGAUCGUGGCCAACCUGAGCGGCCUGGACCACCCGUGGAACUGCCCCCACGGCCGCCCGGUUAUGCGGCACCUGUUCCACCUCCCGCAAUGA